UUGUGAUGGCGGCUGAUAUUUAUAGAUCGUAAGGGUGUUGUUAGAAUUCAAUAAUAAAUGCAUUAAAAUGGAGGAAACGAAAGUUAUUUAUUACAUAGAUGAUGAGGAGACACCGUAUUUAGUUAAAAUCCCCAUAUCGCCGGAGAAAGUGACGUUGUUGGACUUUAAAAACCAGUUGAACAGGCCGAAUUAUAAAUUUUUCUUCAAAUCUAUGGACGAUGACUUUGGUGUUGUGAAAGAAGAAAUUGUGGAUGACAACGCUCAUCUGCCGUGUUUUAAUGGUCGUGUUGUGUCGUGGUUAGUGUCCGCGGAAGGUUCCAAUCCAUCUGAUGGCGCAUCACAGUGCACCGACAGCAAUGCUGGUAAAACGAAACCAAACCCUCAGGGAGCACCGACAGCUCCGAUAACUCGCGAUACAUGUACUGAUACGGACAGUACGAUAAGCUCCAGGCCCGGCCACAGAGCGUCAUGUGACAAAUACAAGUAUAGAGGCCUCAGGAUCAACGGCCAUUCAAAAUACAACCACGGGCUUGAAUACGAGACAGCUUCCGUGCUGAGUUCCGACUUGGAUUCCACCAGCCUGUUCGACAGCCAGUCUGAAAUCACCACAACGACUGGCAGGCACACCAACGCGUCCGUCGACAGAGCGCUGACAGAAUGUUCGAGCGUAUCUCACUUACAAGUGAGCUCGAGGAAGCGGCCCCAACGACGGCGCAAACGACCUCAAGUUAUGUCAAGAACAUCAUCGUAUUCAUCGAUAACAGAUUCUACGAUGUCAAUGCACAUAAUAACAGUGACUUUGAAUAUGGACACAGUGAACUUUCUGGGUAUUUCGAUUGUUGGUCAAUCGAACAAGGGUGGAGACGGUGGGAUAUAUGUCGGCAGCAUUAUGAAGGGAGGAGCAGUAGCGUUGGAUGGAAGGAUUGAACCUGGGGAUAUGAUACUGCAGGUGAACGAUGUCAACUUCGAGGACAUGACCAAUGACGAGGCGGUGCGCGUGCUACGCGAGGUGGUCCAGAAGCCCGGCCCCAUCAAGCUGGUGGUCGCCAAGUGUUGGGAUCCCAACCCGAAGGGCUACUUCACCAUACCGCGGACGGAGCCCGUGAGGCCUAUCGAUCCAGGUGCAUGGGUUGCGCACACGCAGGCGCUGCGUGAGGCGUACCCACCUCCCCCGCUGUCGACGCUUCCGGCCCCCACCAUACCGGAAAGGGCGUCAGACGCGGGAUCCAUACCGGCACACGAGCCGCAACUGUCGGUCGGUAUGGACAUGGCGCUGGUGGUGAGGGCCAUGCUGAGGCCGGACUCGGGCCUCGAGAUACGCGACCGGAUGUGGCUCAAGAUAACGAUACCGAACGCGUUCAUCGGCGCCGACGUCGUCGACUGGAUAAUGCAGCACGUGGCCGGCGUCGCCGACCGCCGGGACGCCAGGAAGUACGCCUCUCAUAUGCUCAAGGCGGGCUUCAUCCGGCACACGGUGAACAAGAUAACGUUCUCGGAGCAGUGCUACUACGUCGCCGGCGAGCUGUGCGCCGACAUGGCGGCGCUGCGCCUGCGCGCGCCCGACUGCGACAGCCUCGCCAGCGACACGCUCGCGCCGCUGCCGAACCCCAACAUGAUAGGCCCCGGUUAUAUGGCGUAUGCGGGCUCGUACGGCUACCAGCCUAUACCGUUCAAGUACAGCUCCUGCGUCACCAGCGAACACACGAUUUACGGUUACAAUCGCGAGGAAAGCGUGCUCUCCGGGAGUGGGGGCUCCAGCGCCGGCUCGGACCAUCUCACCGCCAAGGAACCGACUGGUAAAAAAACUCUCAAAAGGUCGGCAAAUCAAUCGCAAUGCUCCAACAUUGUGAUCACUUACCAUCAGGUGCAUCGCCUGACCUUUUGCUGGUAUUGGUAUUAAAAAAAAAA